CUCUCUGAUCAUACUACGAGCCGAGUGGAGUGGAGUGGAGGUGUCGGCGAACUGCGCUGAAACGCACACACACUGAGAUCAUCAUGACGUGCGUAUUUGUGCGCUGCUUUGCGCUGCUCGCGCUGCCCUUACUGCCCGCGUCUGAUGGUUAUUUCCACUGUAUACAAAGAGAAUGCCAUUUUACCUCCGACCUCAAGGAUGUUGAGUUCAUUGACAGGUACAUUUUUAACAAAGUUGAGUAUGCACGAUACAACAGCACUCUCAAUAAGUAUGUGGGGUACACAGAACAUGGAAUUUACAAUGCAGAGAUAUGGAAUCAAGAUGGAAUUAAUGACCAGGAGCAUACCAACCUGGAUGGGUAUUGCAGACCCAAUGCAGAAGUGGAGUUAACAGACAUGCCUAGAGUUGAACCUUCUGUAGAGGUUUUGUCUGUAAAACCAGGCAGUCAAAGACAUGCCAUCAUGCUGGUGUGCAGUGCGUAUGACUUCCAUCCGAAGGGAAUCAAACUGUCUUGGCUGAGAGAUGGGAAGGAGGUGAAGACUGAUGUGACUUCCACUGAAGAGCUCUAUGAUGGAGACUGGUACUAUCAGAUACACUCUUACCUGGAGCUCACACCCAAAUCUGGAGAGACCAUCGCCUGCCAGGUGGAACACAGCAGCCUUCCUCACCCUAAGGUCUUCAAAUGGGAUCCCUCAAUCUCUAAUGGGGCCAGAAAUAAAGUGGUCAUUGGGGCUUCUGGAGGGGUUUUGGGACUGAUCUUCACACUUGCUGGUGUGAUUUAUUACAAGAAAAAAUCCAGAGGGAGAAUCCUGGUACCAGCAAGUUAGCCUUGGAUAU